AUGGAAUUUGAUUAUAACAAUUUAGAUAAUCUUUUAAUAAAUUACAAAUAUGUAACUGGAGCCAAAAAAUCACAAACAAAUAAACUGUUGGUUAAGGCUUUAUUGCAAAGAGCAGUUUUUGACAAGUUGAUUGAAUUAUUAAAAGAUUUUGGAAGUGAUACAAAUCUCAGAGUAGGUUUUGGAUCUUUCGUAUACAAUGAUAAUAAUGACAAUGAAGAACAUGGAUUUAAUAAACAAUUGCUUGAUCAACAUAUGAAAGAUAUAGAUGAUCUUGAAAUUUGUUGGACUCUUAAUGGAUCAGCAAUUGAUCCAGAGUUUAUGAAGGGCCAAUGGGAUUACAACAAAAUUAAGGCGAGUGCUAAAGAUAAAUUAGGGGCUGAAACAGUAUGGGCAAUUGAAACAAGAUUUGAUGGUGGAAUCACAGAUAUUAAAGUUAUUACGGGUAACUUUACUGCUGUAAAACAAUCAUACGAUAAAAAAGGAGAGAAGAAACAUGAAGAGCAUGAGGGUAAUGACAAUUCAAAAGGGAAUGGUGUCAUUGUUGAUGAUGAUGGAUACUUGCCUUUACCUCAAGGAAAUAGCCAAACUAGUAUCGAUAAUACCGACAUUAAUUCUAAUGCUGAUGAUAUUAUUGUUGAAGAAGAGAUUAAUGUUCCUACUAAAGAAUUGAAAUGUUGGAAAAUACUUUUAUUUUUGGUUUCCAACAAUGUGUGA